AUGAGGAGCUUGGCCGUCGUGGUAGGCCUUCUUGGUGUUGUUGCAGCGGAAAUAUUCUUUAAGGAGGAAUUCGGAGAUGAUUCUUGGGAAAAGCGAUGGGUACAAUCCACUCAUAAGAAUGACUUUGGUGAAUUUAAAUUAUCCGCUGGCAAAUAUUAUGGUGAUGCUAAACGGGACCAGGGUUUGCAAACCAGUCAAGAUGCCAAAUUCUAUUCACGUGCGGCUAAAUUUCCAAAACCCUUUUCUAACAAAGGAAAAACCAUUGUUAUUCAAUACACUGUUAAACACGAGCAGUCAAUCGACUGUGGAGGCGGUUAUGUCAAGGUCAUGGCAUCCGAUGUUGAUCUGUCAGGUUUCCAUGGUGAGACACCAUACAAUGUGAUGUUCGGUCCUGACAUUUGUGGAUCGACGAGAAAAGUUCACGUCAUCUUCUCCUACAAAGGGAAGAACCAUCUUAUCAAGAAGGAUAUUCGGUGUAAGUGUCGAUCAGGUUUCUAUUUUCUUCAGGACGAUGAGAUGACGCACUUGUACACUCUCAUUCUAAAUCCUGACAACACGUACGAGGUACAAAUCGACGGAGAGAAGGUCGAAAGUGGCGAUUUAGAAGCAGACUGGGACAUGCUUCCACCAAAAAAGAUUAAAGAUCCUGAAGCGAAGAAACCAGAAGACUGGGACGAAAGAGAGUACAUUGAUGAUGCCGAUGACAAGAAGCCAGACGACUGGGAUAAGCCAGAACAUAUCCCAGACCCUGACGCAAAGAAGCCCGACGAUUGGGAUGAUGAGAUGGACGGCGAAUGGGAGCCCCCUAUGAUCGACAAUCCCGAUUAUAAGGGAGAGUGGAAACCUAAGCAAAUCAAGAAUCCUGCGUAUAAAGGAAAGUGGAUUCAUCCUGAAAUCGAUAACCCGGAGUACACUCCUGAUGACGAGCUCUACCUAUACAAGGAUUGGGGAGCAAUCGGUUUCGAUCUCUGGCAAGUAAAAUCAGGAACCAUCUUCGACAACAUUAUUGUGACUGAUUCUAUCGAGGAAGCUAAAGCCCACGCAGCUGAAACCUUCGAGAAGUUGAAGCCCGCCGAGAAAGAGAAGAAGGAAAAGUUUGAAGAAGAGGAAAGGAAGAAGUUGGAAGAAGAGACUAAAAAGCGGGAGGAAGAGGAAAAGCAGAAGAAAGAGGAGGAGAAAGAAGAGGAGGCGGAUAAGGAAGAUAAGGAGGAAGAGGCUCAUGAUGAACUAUAA